UACCUUCAUGUAAAGUUUGUUCAACUAAUAGUUUCAUAUAUUACUAUAUUCUAUAGGUCUCAUUCUAUAGUUAUCGUUUUUAUUAAAGUCCAGAAACUUUUAUGUUAUCAUUAGAAAUGGCUCCUGAAAAUGAAAAAUCAGAAACAGUCAGUGUAGAAAAAGGGGUGAAGGAGAUCAUGACACUGGAUGAAAUGAACCAGUUCGUAACAAAGCCAGAUGAGGAGAAGAUUGAACCAGAACGUGGGGAAUGGGGAGGAAAACUGGACUUUAUUUUCAGUUGCAUAAGCUAUGCUGUCGGUCUUGGCAACGUAUGGCGGUUUCCAUACUUGUGUUAUGAAAAUGGUGGAGGGGCAUUUCUGUUUCCCUACCUGAUUUGUUUAAUCUUGUGUGCUGUUCCUCUCUUCUUCCUGGAAGUGGCCAUUGGUCAGUAUCUCAGCAUUGGUGGUAUAGGCAUCUGGAAUUUAGUACCUAUCUUUAAAGGAAUUGGCUUUGCUUCAAUGACCAUCGUUUGUCUCUAUAACAUAUACUACGUGGUGAUAAUAGCUUGGACAUUAUUCUACCUCGUGUCCUCAAUGACGUCACAGUUGCCGUGGGAAACGUGUGGUAAUUGGUGGAACACAGAAAACUGUGUGAAAGAAGGAACCAACAUUACCGGACUGAAUAUUACAGCCGCUGAAACAGAAUCCCCUAUUAUUGAAUUCUGGGAGUAUGUUUAAUUUCUUAUUUUUCAGACAGA